GUGCUGUCAGGCCAAAACUGCUGAACUUCACCCAGCUCUAACCGUAUUCUGUGCAAGCUGAUCGAUUAGGCAAACCCUGACCGCUUUCUUCACUGACCUCCUUUCAGAGAUACAGUGUCACUGAGUGCAAACAUUAUCACGCUCAUACUGGUAAGUACUGCCUGGCUCUGAUUGGCCAGCAGGGACGUGAUCUAAGCCCGGAUUGGCUGCUUGCAAGUGAGCAUGUGAAGGGGGCUGUCCUGCUAUUGAUAAGCAGCCAGACCAGACAGCAGAGAGUUCUAUCUUCAGACUGCUGCAGUAGAAGAAACCUCACCUGCAGGGUUGAUCACAGUACAGGUACUGUUAAUACCAUGACAACCCUUAAUUAAUCUUCUAUACACUAUCCAGUUACCCUAGGAGCCAGGGAUAAUAAAGUGAUAUAGCUUGAUCCUCAUGGUUAUAUUUAAGAACAAUAAAGAAGAAAAUAAUUUACUUUUGUGCAGGUUGGUUAAAGGCUAUUUCAAUAUUAAGCUUAUUAAAAUGUUAAGGUUGCACAUAUAGGCUACUUCAAAAGUUGUAACAAAAAAUUCUACUUUUAACCUAAAACAUUAUAGAUCUUCAUAAAGUUAUCAUUUGAUGCUUGUCGUUGUAAGCAAAAUACCUAUUUGUCUAAAAUAGUAAUCUUCUGUAGUGUUUUGCAAUUUUUGUAGAAUUUGCUUUUAAAUGGUUAAUAUGGGAGGUUAGUCUGCUUAUUUGGCUUUUCACCUGAAUUAAUAUCUCAUAGCUAUUUAAAAGAAGUCACAUAUGUGUCACUACUGUCAGUAUGAUCUGUCAUAUGCACAUUCUGUUAAAAUGCCACAGCUGCUGCAUUACCUCUUGGCAAGCUGUGUUUUCUUUAUCCAUGUCCCUUGUGCAAUGUCAUAAGGUGUAAAAAUAGCAGAGUUUCUGCAGCAGUAAGCAAUAUUUUUUACCUUUUAUUUUUCCAUGGCUGACAAUGGUAAAAUGUCCCUUCCUAUAAUGACAUUGCUAUGGGGAGGUGUUCGGGGUGGCUCAUUUAUAAUCACAUUUAUAGGGAUGUUAGUUGUUUAUGCAUAACUUAAUAUCACAAUAUUAAAAAUUUAAAAAAAUGCAUUUCGUUUGCUCAACAUUCUUUUGCACAAGUUCCUAAAUAUGCUUGCAAAAUUCCAUUUAUUUUACAAGCAGAUGUUCAAAUUGCUAGCAGUAGUUAUAUGCAUGCAGUACAAACGUAAGACUUUAUUCGCUAAACUGUGCAUUGACAAGACCUGCAAAAUUUAGGUGAUGCAGAUUUUUAUUUUAUCAUCGUAACUGUUUUGCGAGCCUAUUAUGCUACUACAGCUCACUGUUUAGAGAAUAAAAUAAUUGUUUUCUAUUGAUGGCUAACUAAAGGUGGAUUGCUAAACAUUGUAUAAACAAGCAAUAUAGAGUAUCCCUUGUAUUCAACAAAUUCCAUUUGUUCAAUUUUACUUCUGGGGAAACAGGAUUGGGAGACACUGGAGUAAUACAUUUGUAGGAGUUUUAGUUGUUUGCAAACACCAACAUAUAAUUAAAUAUCCGAAUAUUGAGAAAAAAAAAUAUUUUAUUUGUUCAACAUUAUUUUGCACAACUUGCAAAAUGUUGGCAAUACUGUUUUUUUUUUUUUUUAAUUGUUUCUUUUUCAUCAUCUUGGGUUUUUUGCCAGUUCAUUGUCAUCUCUCUAGCAGACUCAUUAGAGAAUAAAAUAAUGAUUUUUGAUUAUUGGCUAGCUAAAGGUGGCUUGCAAAACAUUAUGUAAACAAGCAAUAUAGAGUAUCACUUGUAUUCAACAUUUCCAUUUCCAUUUGUUCAGUUUUGCUUCUAGGGAAACAAUAUUUUGGAGACACUAGCGUAAUAAAUAUUUUAUGUAUUUACUUUAUAAAGCAUUCAUUGUUUGGUUUUGUGUUUGGUUUUGUGUCCCUCCCAUUGACAAUGAGCUACAGCACAUUAAAUUUGAGCUGUUGCUUAGAUCUCUUUAUCAUUAAAAAUCUACAAAGCAUAGUUAGUGAAAGUUGCACAGCAAGCAUUCUAUUAACCUCUCAGUGUAUUUCAUGGGACUUAAAGUUAAGUUAUUUGUGUGCUUGCGAUGUGCACGUCACUUUACAAUACCAUUGGUAGGCCAAUGGCAUGCAAAGUGUUAAAGGUAGCAUAAUAUAGCCUUUUCUAGGCAAACCAGCACAGAAAGAGUUAAAAGGAAGGUUUCAGAGAUGUUAUCUGCCCAGGCUUAUUAGGUUAGUGGAUGACCAGUGCAAUGCCAGCAAAUGCUUUUAUUUAUUAAACAAUGAGAAGGAAUGUUAAACCUUGCUCCUCUUCAUUUAUUUUAACUAUGGCAUUCUUUUUCUUUUUUCUUUUUUUUUUUUUUCAGGAUGAUCCAGAUUCUGGAACCCCGUUCUCUUCCACGAUCGAUUAUGCCUGUUGAUGUUGCGGUUAGAAUAUGCUUAGCACAUUCUCCUCCACUGAAGAAAAUUCUCAGUCCUUACGAAGACUGCAGGGCAAGGAACUUUGUCAAUCGAUUUAAGCCCCUUCGACCAUGCCUCUCAUUAAAGAAAGAAUCAGAUUCAAGAAGCAGUGAGUGGAAUCGGUCCAAAGCCCGAAAUAAAAAGGUCAUCUUUGCAGACUCUAAAGGGCUUUCCCUGACCUCAGUGCAUGUGUUUUCAGAUUUUAAGGAAGAACCAGCUGCCGAACUUCAGUUUGAUCUGAUAGAUUUGGAGGAUAUCACAGCCAGUUUAAAGUUACAUGAAGAAAAGAACUUGAUCUUGGGAUUCACACAGCCCUCCUCCGAUUAUCUACAGUUCCGCAGCCGAAUCCAGAAAAAUUUCAUCUGCCUGGAAAACUGUAGUCUUCAAGAAAGGUCCGUAGCUGGGACCAUUAAGGUAAAAAAUCUGAGCUAUGAAAAAAACGUGAAGGUCAGAAUAACCUUUGAUACCUGGAAAACCUACAAAGAUGUAAUCUGUUCGUACAUGAACAACGUCUAUGCAAGCACAGACAACGAUACAUUUUCAUUUGUUAUCGAUAUCUCUCCGAACAUUCCCAGCCAUGAAAAAAUUGAGUUCUGUCUGUCGUAUGAAAGCGAUAGCCGAGUCUUCUGGGACAACAACGAAGGACAAAAUUACUCUGUAAUUCAUGCAGAAUGGAAAUCUGAUGGUGUGCAAACUCUGACACCAACUAAAACAGACAUAACCUCAUACAAAUCCCAAAAGAUAAAACAAAAGAAUGACUUUGAUCAGUUUGGAAGUCCUAGGACAUCAGCUGGUCUUUUUGCUGAAUGGCAGAGCUGGGGUAAACUUAUAAACACAUCACCCUAUUGGUGAAAAUAACCAGUCAUUGGCUAACGAUUUUACUUAUUGAGGGCACUCUGUGCCUAUAAGAGCUAAAAUAUGCAACAAGCCAAUUGCAUGUAAAUCUGCUCCAAGCUGUUAUUGUCGUCGUGCCACUGUGAACAUACUCAAGCACAACAAGCUUUUAUGACGUACAUAUUAAGGUUCUUAGAGACAAUAUGUACAACAUCCACAUGCAUGUAGGAAGAGUAUGCUGGAGCCAGCAUCAUUUUUGCUUAUGAGUGUCCCAAAUAUUUAGACCUGGCAUGGGCCUAUAUUAGGCAAAAUACAUUGUAGCUGGUUUUAGAAUUCAUUGAAGGAGGGGUCCAAUUAGAAUUUUUUUUUUUACCAAGUUUGAGUGAAUAGAUAUACACUUUUGAUUUAACCCAUUGUGCACAAUAUGGCAUGUCCAGUGGAAAAGCACCUUUGGAUGCCCAAAUGGGAUCAGAGUUAAUCUCACACUCUAUUCGAGAGUGGCAUAUAUGCUCCCAGCAAAUGUGUGCGCAUGCACAUCAAGGUGACACUCUGUUCGAUAAGUGAUCUGUUGACAAGCAAGUCAUUGUUCAUUUUACUUAUCCCACUAAUCAAACAGUUUUUCCUUUACUGCACCUUUUAGAGAUUAAACACAUAUUGGAUUUACAAGGUUUAGAAUAAACCUGUGCCACGUGAUGGCCAUUAAUGUAAUUUAAACUCGUUCAUUGCACUGAGUGCAUAUACAUUACUGGGAGAAAUAUUUGCUAUAAAUUUGAAAAUUAAAAAUGAAAGCUAUAAAAACCCUUACAAAAAGAUUUUAGGAGCCGGUCUUUUAAAAUCCAAAGAUGUUUUUUGCAAGCGACUUAUGUAAUUGUAACCAUUUACACUAUUUGAAUAGUCCUUAAAAUUUGAAAAAUGAAAUUAGCUAUAAAUCAGGGACCCCCAACCACCUUUUGUAUCAUAGAGAGUCACAGGUGUUUUGCAACAUCUAACAAAUUAUAUGCCCCUCUUUAGAUGAAGGUUGAUUAAAAGACAUUCGAGUGUGUCAGAAAGGUAUACAAAGUGGUAUCUGUACUCUGGUAUUCGUACACAGCUGUUUAAUAGCCAUAUAAUAGCCUAUAGCAGCAUAAACUCUAUGAUGAUAUGUUAAGUGCCUUUUAUACAAUGUUGCCAAACAUGACGUGCAAGGUUGGAGGCUGUCUAACCGAAAUAUUUUCUAGCAGAAUAAUUUGUGUCCGCGUGUGCCAUACAGAAAUGAUGCAAAGCCAAAUUGUAUAUUCACACUACACUACUUGGUACUUCUGCAAUGUUUUUUUCUUUUUUCAUACGAAUCUCUUGCACUCAAUAUAUAUUUUAACUGCCCCAAUUAUCUGAUGUUUGGGAACAGAAAAUAAUUAAAAACAAUCAGUAUUAAAUACACAAAGAGAGUUUAAAACUCAGGAUCACAAAAUUAUUUUGGUCCCUUUGCAAUUGAUACAUCUUUUCAAAUAAUUAGUGACAACUUGUGUCCACAAUUGUUUAUGACAUAACUACAGGAGUCCCGAAAUUCAGAUCCUUCACAUUGAAGGUAAUAAGAAUGUGUUGCACCUUUUCAACAUUAAUUUGGUAUGUAAUAGAAUUGUAGUUUCCUUAAAGAAAGGAUGAGUUGAUUGUAGUUGAUGUUUUUUUGCACAUUUUUAGGCAAAGCCUUUGAGAAUUGCUAUUUCAGGAUACAGAUGUCUUGCCCUAUUAUUUGGAUAAAUUUUAUCAGAUGUCUUUUAUAGCAGUGAUGUAUUUUUGGCAUGGAUAAUUAUUUUAAUCCAAUUUUUCUUAAUUCUUAAAAAAAAAAAGCGAGAAAAAAAAAUACAAAACUUAUGCACUUUUGGAUCCCAAUGUUUAAAGAAAAUUUCUGUAUUUUUCUAUUUUAUAGCGGGUUUGGAUGUGUAAUAUUUUUAAAUUUAAGCAGCAUUUGUAAGCUGAUGGGUAUUUGUGUUAGAAUAACAGUAGGAUUUGUUUGUGUUUCUAAAACAAAAUGUGAUGUUCAUUAAGAAUGACAGCAAUCGUUCUUUCGGUGUGAUUGUAUUAUGUUCUAAGAAAAUGGUUCAUAAGCUCUAGUUAUAACUUAUCAGGUAAGACAUACUGAACUGCGUGUGUAUUUUAAGAGGUGGAUGUAUAAAUAACGAAGUGAUUGACAGAUUCAGAUUUUUUUAAGAUCAGAGUCAGAAUAAUGGGGUAUGGUUUGAAGGUCGCAAAUGAAAAAUGAAUUAGAUUAAAGGUCUGGAGUAUACUGUACAUUAAUCUGUCCUGACAAUUUCAAUUUUAUGAUGUUUUAAAAGGAUAGGAUACAGAAACAGACUUAAUGGACCUGACAUCAAAAUCUACUGUAUGUCAGUGUAAGCACAAAUCCAUGUUUGAGAUUGUUUGUUUAUUAAAAAAACGUAUGUGCAGAUCUUCCCUGUACUGCAGACAAAUGAACAUGUGACUUUUUCUAAUUGUUCUCUAAAAUGUGUUCCCUAAUGUAAUGUUUGAACACUGUAAGAUUGUCCAAUAAUAAAUUAUGUUUUUUAUAUAAUGA